AUGACGCCCUCUCCAAAGUUUUCCGUCGACAGUGGAUCUGCCCAAGCAGAUCGUAGCGGCCCACUCAAAUCUUUCAACCAGUCUAUCAAGAAGCUGAUCCGUUCUGGAAACAAAGGAUCUACGUCCAAAGGAAAAGCUGUUUUCGAGACCGAGAGCACCCGGCCGUUGAUUGUUUCUCGCGACGACUCCACCGUAGUUGAUGCCUACUAUGCGUCAAUCAUUCGAGACGAUUCUUGGACUGCAUUCUCUCCUCUCAAGAAGGAGAAGUAUGCACGUCUUGUGUACAAGAGCAACGACGGAGCCCCGAGUAGCACGACGUUCAAAACUUCUGGCACGACCGUUGUCGUCGCCGCUCAAGACGACAUCGUCAUCGACUACACCCCUUCCAAGAGCCACAAGACAGACCAGGAUGACACUUUCAUGGACUACACUGGUACCCCCUCCAAGAACAACAAGACAGGCCUAGUCUCUUCUCUCUUGGAGGAAGCCAACGCCGCCAAGGAAACUCGCAAAGACGAGAGCGCGUCCGAUUUCAACGAAAUUGACAAAAAGGAUGAUCGCAUCAAAACAUUGGUUCAUGAUAAAUGGCGCCUUCAACUUCAGCUCGAGGACGCGACUGAAGAAACUAUGAACGUCGUAGAAGGUUGCGUCGAUCUUGUAAACGAAAUCGAUUCAUUAAAAGACGAGAAAGCCAUCCUGACGAUCGAAAACAUGCUGCUUCGUCACGAGAACGCCAAGCUCGACAAGAGCCUCAAUGAUACCGAAGGUCGAAGUGUCGCGGGCGACAUCAACCCCUACGAAAAAGAGGAGUGUCGCUCCUCUAUCAGUUCUGGAAACGAAAAGAACUUGUUCGCUUGUUUGUUCCCGUUCUGCUUCCCCAAAGCCGACUAG